AUCCCCUACCCAAGCCGCCUUCAUCUCCCCUCCAAAAGCACAGGCUCACUCACAAAGCUCAUCUCAGCAGGUUCUCCUCACAACCAUGGCUACAGUCUCCUCUCCCUGCUGCCUUCUCUCUGUGUGUAUGUCUCAGUGUCUCAGAGUCUCUGUCUCUCAGUGUCUCUGUAUCUCAGUGUCCCUGGCUCUCAGUGUCUCUGUCUCUCUGUGUCUCUGUGUCUCAGUGUCCCUGGGUCUCAGUGUCUCUCUCAUGUUGUCUCUGUCUCUCAGUGUUUCUGUGUCUCAGUGUUUCUGUCUCUCAGUGUUUCUGUCUCUCAGUGUCUCUCUCAUGUCUCUGUCUCUCAGUGUCUCUCUCAUGUCUCUGUCUCUCAGUGUCUCUCUCUGUCUCAGUCUCUGUUCCUCUCAGUCUCCCUCUCAGCAUGUCUCUGUAUGUGUCUCUCAGUGUCUCUCUGCGUCACUCUCUGUGUCUCUCUCUCUAUGUCUGUGUGUCUCUCUUGAUGUGUGUCUCUCUUGCUCUGUUUCUCUCUCGGUCUCUCUCUCUCUCUUCCCCUCCCCUCCCUCUCUAAUUUCAUGGGACUUGUCUCAGUGUGAGGAAAGCAUCUAAUUAGUCUUAGAGGUCCUCCUGUCCAGAAUUUCUAAAGCCAUGCUCAUGACAAAUGUCCCAGGCUUGAACGGGACAUUUGAGAAACUCUGGGCCAAGAGGAG